GCGGUGCGUUUCGCUAGCCUAUCUUCACUGUGCGCGCAUUGGUUGAUCCUGAAUCACAUGAUUCUCACAACCAUAUAAGUACAAGGGAUGAUCACCCUACUGCCUCUUGUUGGAUUCAUCCGCAACGCCGAGGUCCCCUGGCGAUGGACGACCAGGUCUCCGCCGCUUGCGGUUUCACGACCACGUUUCUCGCCGCCGGGCGGGUUUUGUGCCCGAGGAGCACGCAGUGUUGCAGCCUAGACUCCGGAUUACCAGUGGGAGGAAGACAACUUCAGAGGUUCGGCUGUGCAGCAAGUAACGGCGGGGCGAGGGAUCCAGAAGCUCCGGCGGACCUUGGGCAGACCCUCUCCACGCAUCGAAAGGACGGAAGAGUCCUAGUGUUCUACCUAGUGGGGUCAAAUUUCAGGACGGUGGAUAUACGGCAGGUUUGGGUGGAAAAUGCGCACACAGGGAGGCAGCAUAGACUCCAGUUUGACGGAGGAAGACAAUUUCUGAGGUUCAGCUGUGCAGCAAGUAACGGCGGGGCGAUGGAACCAGAAGCUCCGGCAGACCUUGGGCAGACCAUCUCCACGUAGCGAAAGGACGGACGAGUCCCACAUAGUGGGGGGAAAACUUCAGGAUGGCUGAGAUAUGGCAGGUUUGGGUGGAAAAUGCGGUAACGUACGUUGUUGUAUGUGUCGAAUUCUGCUUUUCUGGGAACACUCGUUUGGGUGUCGUUGUUCACGUGUUGUUUUGCAUAUCUUUGGUGUCGGGUUUCUCCCGGUUUUUACUGCUUGAUUUGCAUUUGUUUGCCUUAGUUGACUGGGUGGGAAUUUCAUUAUCUUUUGUUUGGAACGGAACGUAGGAGGUUUUGUUCUUAGGAAGGGAGGGAAACUCGUGACAGGAUCCCCUUUUGUGACCACGUGAGGUGUGUGCCAGCGUGGCGGGUGAAUGCUCGAGUUGGGUUUAGCUGCUUUACUGUAGGUUCAGAAUUUGUGGUCUGAACGUGUUGUUUUCUUAGCAGCUCAGCCCGGAUUCCAGCUCUCCCAGGCCGAGGAAGGCGACUACCACAGCGCGACUGAGAUGCAGCAAGCUCUGACAGACUUUUGGCGGCCUCUUCACAUAUUGAAAGGGCGGAACUUCGCGCGGAAGAGUCCUACCUGGCGGGUCGAAACGUCGGAAUUUAAAGAUACGGCAGGUUUGGGGCGAAAAUGCGGUAACAAACGUUUGUGUUUUUUUUGUCCAAUUAUGUUUUCCUGGGAACAAUGGUUUGGGGUGGUUAAUGUGUACACGUGUUGUUUUGCAUAUCUUUGGUGUCGGGCUUUCGCUCGGUUCGCUCGUGCUUGAUUUGCAUUUGCUUUGUCUUUAGUUGAUACUUGUGUUCUAAACGUGUUGUUUUCUUAGCAGAUCAGCCCGGUUUCCAGCUCUCCUGUGCCGAGGAAGGUGACUACCACAUCGCGACCGAGGUGCAGCAAGCUGCGACAGAGCGUUGGAGCCAGCAAGCCGAGCAUUCCCAACACAUACUGCAGUUCUUCGCGGCAUCGACACUAGACGACGGCCGUCACGGAGCGCACGGCUUUGGUUUUUUCAGGGAGGCGUGCACGUUUUUGGUGACAUCGAUUUGAGGCGGGAUUCCCCUCAGAUAUUUUGUCUUUAUGUCUGUUGUUGCUGUUUUGAAGUGUUUGGUUUCCCUCUAAUUAGGGAUAUUUUCUUUUACCGUUGUUGUUUGUAAAGUUUUGCUUGUGUUGACACAGUGACGGCGACACAGACCUGGACUAUUAA